AGACUGGUGGGCAAAAAGUAACAAAAGGAAAAUUUUCUUGGACUUGUAUUUACUCCACUUCUUCUCUCUUAUUUUCAUUGUGUCUCAUAAUAAUAUUUAUUUUUUUGUACUUUCACUAUUUUUUUUAGUUGCUCUUGUUGGUAGUUUAUAACUGUAGUCAAGCACGAUCUUACUAUAUUACAAGCUUCCCUCCUGUUAACUUUCCCUUUCUGUUUUUUAAACACAAGUACAUCAAAUUUCCAUAUAAAUCAAAAUGGGUUUCCCUCAGCGUGGUGGUUUUGGCGGCGGUGACCGUGGUGGUCGUGGUGGUGCCCGCGGUGGUUUCGGCGGUGGUCGCGGCGGAGGCCGUGGUGGCUUUGGUGGUGACCGUGGUGGCUUUGGCGGCCGUGGUGGAGGCCGUGGUGGCUUUGGCGGCGACCGUGGUGGUCGCGGCGGUGCCCGCGGCGGCUUUGGCGGCCGUGGUGGAGGCCGUGGUGGCUUUGGCGGCGACCGUGGUGGUCGUGGUGGUGCUCGUGGAGGCCGUGGUGGCGCUCGCGGCGGUGCCCGUGGCGGAGCCAAGGUUAUUGUUGAGCCCCAUCGUCAUGCCGGUAUCUUUGUUGCCCGCGGCAAGGAGGAUCUGCUGGUCACCAAGAACCUGGUUCCUGGCGAGGCCGUCUAUGGCGAGAAGCGGAUAUCCGUUGAUGGUCCCGAUGGCACUAAGGUUGAGUACCGCGUGUGGAACCCCUUCCGCUCCAAGAUUGCUGCCGGUAUCCUUGGCGGUGUUGACCACAUCCACAUUGCGCCCGGCAAGAAGGUGCUUUACCUGGGUGCCGCCUCCGGCACUACCGUCUCCCACGUUGCUGAUAUUGUUGGCCCCGAGGGUGCCGUCUACGCCGUCGAGUUCUCACACCGGUCGGGCCGCGAUCUGAUCAACAUGGCCAAGAAGCGUACCAACGUUGUGCCCAUUGUUGAGGAUGCUCGCUACCCCCAGAAGUACCGCAUGCUUGUGCCCAUGGUUGACGUCAUUUUUGCUGAUGUUGCCCAGCCCGAUCAGGCCCGCAUCAUUGCGCUCAACGCGCACCAGUUCCUCAAGAACAGCGGCCACAUUGUUAUUUCCAUCAAGGCUAACUGCAUUGACUCCACCGUCGAGGCCUCCAAGGUCUUCGCCAGCGAGGUCAAGAAGCUGCAGGAGGAGAAGAUCAAGCCCAAGGAGCAGCUGACCCUUGAGCCCUAUGAGCGCGAUCACGCCCUGGUUAUCGGUGUCUACCGCCCGGACAACUAAAAUGAUUUGAAAACUGAUUCUCGUUGGCGAGACGCCAAUUCUUUUGUUUACUAUUUUUUGGCGUUUCUAUACAUCAUUUUUGAAUUCUUCUCUUUUUCCACUUUAUUUUUUUCUUCAAUUUCACAUUACAAAAAAUUUUUACUCUUUCGGUUUUUUCCCUCAGU